CUAGCCCCAUCUCAGUACGCUGCGCAUCUUGCUCCUCGCGCUGUCUGCUCAUCCGUCCGCGUCGCCAUUCAUCAGCCCUCUCGCUCCAACGGCGCGUACGUCGAGCCAGCUUCGCAUCGAGAUGAUACCAACCAUCCUAACCCAUCGCGUCACCACCAAUCGUCCAAUCACAUGUUCUCAUCGCGCGGAACGUGAGAUUUUGGUGUGUGCGAGGCCUGACUGCUGCGACAGAGCAUGAGCAGCGACCGUCGGAGGCUGACCUGCUUACACGAGCUGCGAGAGCGGAGAAGGACGCCCUUGUGGUUGCCUCCUAGAUCAACUCGGUCAGGCGUGCUUGGGUGCCCGACUCCUUUGUGCCGACGCGCCGGGUGUCCGUCAGUGUCCAAGGGCCCCAGUGCGCCUCGAGAGCGUAGAGCAGGGAUGCAGGCAGACCCUAGCCAGCGUUCGAGGCGCCACGGGUGCCCCCGUGGCACCACGUUAUGCGCCCGGCGGUCCGCGACGCCAAGGGCCGCGGCGGGAAGCAUGCCAAGGCCGGCCGUACCGCUCCUGCGGGCACUUCAGCUUGGGCGGCUCGUCGGUCCAUGGUGCGAGGCCUCAGCCGCAUCAGACGCAGCGCAGAGCGCUUGCGUCGUCGUCGUCGCCGCAGCGAAGACAGUUGCCGCACGCCGGCUUCUGCGCCGCUCCAUGUAUGGCAGGGCCCCUCCCGCUUGGCAGGAGGUGGGAGCCACGCGAGACCGGAGGCAUGGUUCGAGGCGCCCAGACCUUGCGCGCUCUGCAAGCCGCGGCACACACCGCACGCCGCUGCACGCGCGACGCCCGGGAGAGUUUGCCAGCGCUGCACCGCCAAGCCACGCGGCGGCCCCUAUCUGUUCCCGCACGCCGCUGCGCUUUCACCGAGCGCCGCAGCGCCGCCCUCGAGCCUCCAUCACCCUCGCCCUCGCGCGCUUGCGACAGCCCUCUUGCCAUCAGGCAUGACAUUGAUGGUGCGCUGCUGCGGCCGAUGCGCAGGCCGACAGCGGGCU